AUGGGCAAAAGCAGACUAGCCCAACCGAGCGAGACGCAGGCCUCCUCCGAUUGGGCCAGAAUGUACUGGCUCGCCAGGAAUAGACAAGUAGGCCUCGGUCUUGGCCUCCGCCUCGGGGACGAAAAGACGGUGAGGAGUGAUUACACUCUCGGCUCGUCAUCGGACAGGCCAGCCAAUUGGUGCCAGGCUCACUCGCCCCUCCAGAACAGCACAAUUCGGCCAGUCGUCCUUUGGCCGAGGUUGGCCGACGCUUUUCCCCCUGUCUAUUUAGCCUUAUCGUCUGCCACGAUAAAUGAUCGCUCCUCAACCCAUCCAUCGUCGUAG